AUGUCUCAAAGAAAGUUACAACAAGAUAUCGACAAGGUUCUGAAAAAGGUCAAGGAUGGUGUGCAGGAAUUUGAUUUGAUUUACAAUAAGUUUGAGUCUAUUGAUCCCAAUGAAAAUCAAUCUUACAAAGAGAAAUUGGAAAUGGAUCUUAAAAGAGAGAUUAAGAAACUGCAGAAACACAGAGAACAGAUCAAGUUAUGGGUCAGUAAAGAGGAUAUAAAGGAUAAGGACCAACUUAACAAUCUGGUCAACUCGAGAAAGUUGAUUGAAACCAAGAUGGAGUUGUUUAAGUCUAUUGAGAAAUUGAUGAAGAUUAAACAAUUCUCUAAAAUUGCAUUGUCUAAUCCACAACUUUUUAUUGAUCCAAACGAUAAGAUUAAAAAUGAAAGUUGCCAAUUUGUGGUAGACUGUAUUAAUGAAUUACAAAAACAACUUGAGUUAUUAGAGACCUAUAAUAAUAAUAAUAAUAACGGUAGUAGUAGUAAUAGUAGAACAAACUCAAAUGAUUCUGAUAGUGGUGAUUCUGAUAUAAGUCAAGAUGAAAAUGAGUCUAUUAAAAGACAUUUGUAUCACAUUAAUAAUUUAGAAAAUAUUUUGAAGUUGUUGCAAAACGAUGAAAUGUCGUCGUCUAAAUUAAAUGAAUAUAAAGAUGAUAUCUUAUACUAUGUGGAAAAUAAUAAUGAUCCAGAUUUUAUUGAAUAUGAUACAUUAUAUCAAGACAUGGGCUGUGAAGUUACAACAACUUCAGCUACUAUUCCGUCAUCAAGUAAUACUAAUAAUCUAGCCACACCAACCAAUUCCAACGACAAGAAAAAAAAUAUCGUCGGCACACCAAAGAAAAAGCUUAUUACAUCUUCAUCAAUAACAACCACUAAUACUUCUUCUUCUCAACCUGUUUCUUCUACUUCUAACAACCAUAAUAAUAACAACAACAACAAUAACAAUAAUGUAACGGUUACCCCUAAUGCAUCAAAUGAUAUUAAUCUAAAUAAAAAAAAAGAUAAUACCAUAACUAAUAAUAAAAAGACUACCGAAGAACCGGUUUUGACUUUCCCAAAAGAUCGUACGGAUGAGAUUAAAGAAAUUAUGGAAAAGGAUAUUGAAACAAAUGUCAAGGCUUUUGAGAAUAAACUUUUCAAAGAUGAACUGAAAUAUUGGCAUAACUCCAAAAAAAAAUUAUUACAACCGGUAGAUACUAUGCCACAAGACUUAGUAUCAAAAUUGGAAUCUUCUCUGUUGAAUUGUCCUGAUUCACUUGAUGCUGAUUCGCCUUCCUUUUAUAGAGAGCCACUAUCUCUACCACAUCCAACUUCAGUAUUUUUUCCUAAUGAACCAAUUAGAUUCGUUUAUCCAUAUGAUAUUAAUGAAAAUACCAGUUCCGCUGCUAAUGGUAUAACCUCAAGUAAAAAUCUAAAUGGUAUAGUAGAUCUUCAUAAUCAAAGUACCACAAGACAUGGUAAUGCGGGUAAUACUAUAAGUACUGAUGGUACCACCAUUUCCAACACAAAUGGUACAACUAGUGUCACUAACAUUUAUAACAAUAAUGGGACUAACAUUAUUAAUGGUAAAAGCUCAACAACUCAAGGUAAAAGAUAUUAUAAUGACAUUUACUCCAAUACUUCAUUGGCUAAGAUUUUUACAAAAUUCGAUUUAGAUACAUUAUUCUUUAUAUUUUACCAUUAUCAAGGUUCUUAUGAACAGUUUCUAGCUGCUAGGGAAUUAAAUAAGAAUAGAAAUUGGCAAUUUAAUAAAAAAGAUCGUUGCUGGUAUUAUAAAGAAAUUGAAAAAUUACCUCCUGGUAUCAUUUCAAAUUCUAACACUAAUAUUAAUAAAUUAGAAGAAGAAUCUUGGAGAUAUUUCGAUUAUAAGAAAAGUUGGUUAGCCAGACGUUGUAAUUCGGACUUUGUCUAUAACGAAAAAGAUUUUGAAGUUUUAUAA